GUAAUAAAGCCACUAAUUAUACUCCUGUGGUUGAUUAUUUUUAUGUACCUUUUACUCUUCCGUAAUUUUAAUUUGUUGGAUUACCCGUCUAUUUACUCAUCUAAUUUCAUGCUUAUUUGAUUUUCACCUAUGCCAAGCAUAUAAUAAAGGGUAUAUAUGAUCUAAGUAAUUCUUUAAUUUCGUGUACUUCAGUAUUUCAAAAGGAAAAGGAGGCAGUCCCUCUCUGAGGCUCUUGAAAAGAUUAGAACAGAAUUGAUGCUUCUGGGUUUCACAUCUCUGCUGCUAACGGUGAGCGAAAAAUCAAUUGCAAAUAUUUGCAUUCCAAAGGGUGCAGGCGAAACUCUUAUUCCCUGUGCAAGCAUAACUUUUGAUGAUGCCAAGAAACAAAAUGUGCAGAGCAGGUAUGUAAAUAUCUAAAGCAUAUAUGUGUGUCAAGUGUGUGUGUGCAUGUGUAUCAUCAAAUUGGAGGUUGGCUUUCUAGUUUUCUACUUGAUAUGAUGGAACUUCAGUUGGAAACUUAAUUCAGAGAAAGGCACUCAAGUUAGAACAUGCAUAUAUGCAUCACAUAAGGCAUGGUCAUUGGAAGAGAAAACAGGGGAGCCAGGUUUGAGUACUUUUGUAAAUAUAAAAUUUUUGCUUUAUAUAUAUAAACUCCUGAAAAUUUUACAAAUUCCAAUCAGCCUUACAUAGUUACAUUUAGAUAUGUAUAUUUUAGGAGGAGUGCUAAUUAUUAACAAUAAUCUUGAGUGAAACCUAUAACCAAUAGUAAAAUGUGUUUAAAAAAAAAAAGUAUAUGAUAAAAUAUGUUGGUGACAUAUUUCAUAUUUGAAUGUUUCCACGGGGGAAAGUAUCAUUAUUGUCGAGGGAAGGUGUAAGAGAGCAGCAAUACUUCAUCUUUUAUCUGGCUAGGUGUCAUGUUGUUUCCAGCUUCCUCACCUUUGGUCUUGGAUUGGCGAAGAUUAGGCGUUCGGAGUCUUGGGAAGGAGAAACUAGAACAUUGGAAUAUCAGUUUGCAUAUGAUCCACGGAGGUAUCAGCUCACUGGUCAGACACCAUUUGGAAAGCGGCAUCUUAACUAUUGGAGUAACAAUUCUGUAAUGUAUUGGCCAGUCUGUCUUGUUAGACAAUUUUAUAGAUCUGUCCCCAGGGUUGAUUACUUCACUCUUAGACAUGGAUUCAUCAUGGCUCAUUUUUCAGAAGAAAGUAACUUUGAUUUCCAAAAAUAUAUAGAACGGGCUCUGGAGAAAGAUUUUGGAGUUGUCGUGGGAUUACGCUGGUGGAUUUGGAUCUUCUCUGUACUUUACAUAUUCUUCAAUGCAAAUGCCCGUUUUUGUUCUGCAGCAUUCUACAGCCAUUUCUGGCAGCCUUUUAUUCCGCUAAUGGUCAGAAUAGCUUAGUGCUUUAAUUGGUGGGAACAAAGCUACAAGGCAUAAUAACAUAUAUGUGUUUGGAUAGUCAUGACAAAUCCCAUAUGAUCAAAGGAACUUUGCUUGUGAGGCCUAGUGACCACUUUUUCUGGUUUGGAUAAUUGGAUGUCCCAAGCUGCUACUUCAUCUUAUUAGCUUCAUAUUGUUUUAGGUUAUUCUUUAACACCGUACAAUUCUUGAUUCUUAUACUUGGAAAACAUGUAUUUAAACUCAUUAUUAGAGUAUUUUGCAUCAUGCAGAAUUUCUUUCAACUAGCAUUUUUCACAUGUACUUCGGUAAGUUCCCCAUUUUAUUCGCUUGGAAAAUAACAAUAAUAAAAAAAUUGGCAAAUUUGUGCUCUCAAAUAUUUUUUUUUUUUAAAAACGAGAUGGAAAAUAAAGAAAAUGAAGAGAGAAUGUUUUAAAGUAGAAUGAAAAUACUGUAUAGCCCGAGCCUUUUUUUUUGUCAAUUUUUUUCUUCCACAAUGAGUUAGAAUGAGUUGAGUAUUGAUCAUUGGGUAAAUAAUUGGUAGUUACUAUUCUAAUUUAUCUAACAAAGUCACAAUUACCUUAGCUGUGUAGCUGUAAUUAAAAUAGGAAAAAAGAAAUAGAGGAGAAGAUAGCAAAAACAAAUGGAGGAUAUGAAAAUUUUUAUUCUUUGUUUCGGUAACAAAUAUAACAUAUUGUUUUCUGUGAAGUACAGAUCCGAUUCGACAUCAGAUCAUGCUUUCAUCAAGAAACUGAGAAUAUUAUCAUAAGGGUAGCUAUGGUUGUUUCAGUACAUAUUCUUUGUGGCUAUGUAACACUACCUCUUUAUGCUUUGGUAACUCAGGCACACAAUCAAACCGUAACUAAUUAUAACUCUGAUCACUCGAAAUAGUGCAAUUAAUUUCCGCAGCAUCACAUAUUUAUCUGUUUCUUAGAAAUUCUAUUACUACUACUUCUGUCAAUUGAUUAAAAAACACGACAUUUCAAGUUGUUUGCAUCGUAUUUUGUACUAAUAUUUUGUUAAUAACAUGCAAUGUGUAACAGAUGGGUACCUCAAUGAGGAAAUCUGUGUUUACAGAAAAUGUAAUUAGAGGCAUCCAAAUUUGGCAGGAUAAGGCCAAGAAGAAAUAGUGAGUGAACAACAAGAAUCCGAGAAUCAGGAAUCAAAUCUAGGAUCAUUUCAAGGAUUUGACCUGCAAAACACUGGAAAACCAAGGCAAUUUUGAUUAGCAUUUAUAUGCUUUUCUAGCUGGUCAUGAUUAUUAGAGAUAUAAAUUAAGCUAUACAUAUGUGAAAGUAUUAUAUGGUCUUGGAAUACUGGGUGUCUAUAUUCCCAAUUUAACUCUAUCUUAAUCGAUUUUUUUUUAUUAAAAAAACUCGACUAUUUUUUAUAUAGAAAUUGAUUGGAUCAUUUUUUUA